GCUAGCGAUCCGCCUGCUGUCUCCUCAGUCUGAAUCAGCUGACCGGGAUAUGAACACAAACAGCUGGAGGAGGAGAGAGACUGCUGCAGAUGUUUGACAGUGUGGGAUGGCAGUAGUGUCCCUGACAUGAGCCUAGUCUGCCUGAAAUUGGACGAGAAGAAGAACAGAAUAAACUUUUUACCGGAAAAAGUAGCACGUUGAGCCGCCAGUCGGUAAAGCUGUGUAUAUCACGCUGUAUCUGUGAAUUUAGGCUAUUGUUUUGUUUUUCAGAAUCAUUUUUUUUAAAGCAGGUGGUUCUUCUGCUACUGCAGGUUGUUCAAACCAGGCUCCGCGUUUGUUGCUGUUUCUCCAGAGCAGCUGACGGUCCUCACAGAGAGAUGCAGAGUGCUGGAGGCAGCGCUGCUGAUCAGCCUCAUCCUCUGUUUGGAGGAGCGCUGUCAGCUGUCAUCCCCCACAGUGCCACGGAUAUCAGUGAGCUGAGGGAGAUCCCGGACAACCAGGAGGUGUUUGCUCACGCACACACCGACCAGAGCCUCAUAGUGGAGCUGGUGGAGUACCAGGGCCAGGUGACAGACCAGGACUCUGCCAGGUACCACUUUGAAGACAUCGCAGGCAGUAACAAAGCUCUGGAGCCAGGUGGUUUUGAAGUGACCAGCGUUGCGGCUCUGCCCAAAUCCGAGCUGUCCCUGUCAGAGUGCAGCUCGGCCUGGAUGCUGACCGGGACACAGUGUGUAUCCAAGUUCAAUGAGGAGGCGAAGAACACAGUGACCCUUCAUCCUGGUGUGCUCCGUCUGCCGCAGUUCUCCACAGACGUCCUGAUCACCUUCAAUGACCCGCAGAGUAUCAGCCCUGACAGCAGCAGUGCUGCUGCCGUGGAGACUCACAGAGAGCCCUGGACGGUGCAGGAAUUCCAACGGCUGUUGCAAACUCUGACUCUGCACAACCCUGGGCUGUUUGGUUAGAGCAGCUGCUACUGACCUCACCCAGUUACAUUCAAGCUUUCUCCAUUAUACAGAGAAGCUAUAUUAAAAUCUAGUAGGGCUCUAUUUUGUUCAGGGCCCCAUGAGGAUCUGGCCUAUGGCAUGCUUUGGGUCAGAGCCCAAAGGUUUUCUAAGUGGUCCUUCUUCUGUCCUGACACAUGGGAAUACAUGUUCUGUUCUGCCACUGAUGUUGACUUUGUUUUAACAGUUAAAAAAAAAAUCUCAUGUUGUAUCAUAAUAAAUGUUUUAGAAGAAAAAUUGUAAGGUUAAA